ACAAAAGUAACCCUGCUAUUUUCACACCCCUGGUUUUACAAUUUCUAUAUUUUUGAUAUUUUUUAAGUGGCAAAAGUACGAUGGCAUCGCUUAAUGCAACUGCUUUCAGGUUAACUCAUGUUGUCAAGUCAAUAAUAUUAUCAAAUAAUACAAUAUCUCAACAUAUUCAAACCAGUGGAAACCUCUUACGUCUUCAUAAUGUUCGAGUUUAUUCAAACUACUCGCAUACUAAACCUGAUAAUGUUUUCACUAAGACACCAGAAGUCAGAAAGAAAACUGUCCCAAUAGCAAAAGUUGUGUUGCUCUCUGAAGAAGGCAAAGUCAUGGAUCAAGUUACAUUGGAAGAAGCGCAACAUUUAGCGAAGCGCAGAAAUUUGAACCUUGUUAAGAUUGUUGAUAUUUCAUUGAAGACAACCUUACCUACUUAUAAAUUAAUGUCUAAAGUUCAAUUACUUCAAGAAAGAAACACGAAUAAACAAAAAAGAGGAAUUGAGAAGAAUGCUUUAUCUAAGGCAACUAAAGAUUUCAUUUUUUCCAAUAAGAUAGAACAACACGAUUUAGAAACAAAAAUAAAUAAAAUGAUUAAAUUACUUAUUAAACAUCACAAGGUGCGAAUAUACAUUACAACAAGUCCAGAUCAACAAGUAUUCGAGAACAAUAUUAAAUUAAUAGAAACUCGCCUUAGUGAAAAUGGUACUUUGUCAAAAACCACAAAAUCAGCUUCAGGUAUAAAAUUAUAUUUUGAUCCUAAAAUACAAGAGGAAGGGGAUAUUCAAAUUGAGGAGCAAAGUAAGGACAAUAAAAAUAAUGAAAUUAAAAAGGAACAUUAGAUGUUUCUAAAGAAAACUGUAUAUCUCUUUAAAAAAAAAAAAAACAGAGAUAAUAAAAUGCGUGCCGUGUACGCAAUUAUGUAUAAAAAUUUAUUCAAUAAUAUUAAAUAUAUUAAAAUUUUAAUUCAAGAAA